GCCGCUGCUUUUGUUUUGGGGAAGUGAACUGGAAUGUGUGAGAAACUGAGGGAAGAGGAGGAAGAGAAGCAGCCCGCGACGAGACAGACGGAGUUGGCAGGUUUGCUGUAAGCAGUUUAAAACAGCUAUGACACCUGCUGUCCAAGAGAAAGAAAUGAAAAGUCAUGGUGUCUAUUUAUCAUCUUCUUUACCUUCAAGAGAGAUGGAGUCCAGUGAAACACUAGGCAUGGAAAGUACUAGACCAGUAAAAGAGAAGAUAAAUGAUGGUUCUGCCACAAGUUUUUCUUGUUCUGUUUUGGGGUUUCCUGCUUCUCAAGUCAACCGCAAUAUUGAUUGCUUUAACUUAAAAUACUUUGAUCCCCAAUCGUCUAAACAUUGCUCUUUAUUAAUGAGUCCUAAUUUAACAUUCAGUGUAAAUAACAACAAUUGUAUUCAGAAGAACUUAGAAGAGCAUAAUUGCACCAAGUUGAGAAAUCCUUUAUGUAACAGCACUAAUACACAUUUCAGUCAGAGUAUUAAUUCAGAAUCUGGGGAACAGGUUAGAGGGGAAGCUUUAUCAGAAACUAUGAAAAGCUUUCUGGAAACAGAGAGGCUACUGGAUUUGCAUUUAACUGAAUUGAGGAGCACAGAAGAAAGGCAGUUUCCAAACUGUAAGUGGUACCGGAGAAAUGGCUUUUGUGGCAAGGCUUUAUUUGUUAAUCCUGAUACAAAAAAAGGAGACUUGUUCCAUCAAAUGUUCCAUGAUGCCCCAGAAGUAACAAUAAAUUGCAAUCCUAGUAGUAAAGAACAGGAAUUGAAUUUUCGUUUACUUCAGUGUGUAAACAGACAACAGGCUUUGUUAAACCGGGCCAAAAGAAGUCAGAAACACUUGCAAAUUUUGUUGGCAAAGCAUAUUGUCAAACAUUGUGACCAGCAGAUGAAAUGCUUUGUGAAACAUCAGCUACAGAGAAUGAAAGCUUUUCAUGAUCCAAACAAUCUUUUGGAUGGAAACUAUGAAAAAUGUACUACAGUUAAAGUUGAAAACAGCGUAGAAGCUAAUAGGAGUAAAGAUACAUGGUCUGAUUUGGGUACUGCACCUGAUGAAAUCAAGGUGUUCGCAUGUUCUACAGCAGAGCUGCUGUCUCAAGUGGAAGAAAGUUUGGAUUCUGAAGCAACUUGUAGCAGCUCAAGUGAAGAUGAUGAUGAGCAGAUUUCCAAAACAAUUGUGCCAAUUAACUAUAGGUCUGACUGGAAAUGGUUGGCAGAAAGAGCUAAAGUUGGCUGUCAGUGGACAUGGCUUCAAGAUCAGAUUUCAGAGCUGGAAUAUAAAAUCCAACAACUUACUGACCUUCAGAGGCAGAUUCGUGCCACCAAGGGAAUGGUGAUUUUAGAAGAAUGUCCAGUCCCAAAAGACAUCUUGAAGAAACGAACACAGUUACCAGAUCAAGAGGCAUUGAAUUCUACAGGGAAUUCUCAAGCUUUCUUUCAGAAGCAGGAUGUUUGGCCAGAACAUGAUUUUGAAAUGUCACCCAGCAGUCCAACUUUGCUUCUCCGUAACAUUGAAAAACAGAGUGCUCAGCUGAGUGAAAUAAUCAGCAGUCUGAUUGCUCCCCUUAAUCUGUCUCCAACAUCAUCUCCACUUUCCUCAAAAACCUAUAAACAGAAUGAAUUGGUUAAUGGCAUUUCUUUAAGAGAGUCAGAGAACAAAGAAGAAAUUUCAUCUUCUAGUAGUUGCCUGGCUGAUCAGCAACACCUGAAGAGAAGAAGGAAAGACAAGAUGAAACUGAAAUCACCACCUCUUGCUCUGACGAGCACAUCUGCUCGCACUAGACCACUUCUGAGUUUCCAGAGGAGAAAGCUAUACAGGAUGAACGCUGCUUUCAGUUUGAAUAACCAGGCUUUACAACAGGGCAGUACCUUGUUCAAUACAGAAGAGAUUGCAGGCAGCACAUGGAGUAGUUAUGAGUUUAGCGCCAAUUCUGGUAUACCCAAACAACUCAUGUUGGAACUGGACACAUCAUUCCAUCCCGUCUUAUCAUUUCCUUCAGAUGUUCCUCUUCAUGUUCAUUUUAAAACAUUACUCAAGAAAUAUGAAAUCAGAGGUGAUGCUUUUGAAGGUGCUGCUCUUGAUUUAGAGUACAAAAUGUCUCCAUUAAAUGUUUUUAGUCAGAUUAAAGCUCCUUUUCAACAGUUGAGCCAUAAAUAUGGAUCCAAUUCUAAACAUCAGAGUGUGUCAAAAGUAUCUGAACAGUUUUCAGAGGGAAGGAAGAAAAGACAUUUAAGCGAGACAUUGUCUGGAGAAAAUAGUAGUUGUGAAGCAUUUUCUUAUCAGCAUGAGUCUCAUAGUAAUUUUACAGCAGUAUCCAAUGUUGACAUGUUAUCUAGAUCAAGUCACAGUAUCUCAUCACAGCUCAAUUCAAGGCGGAGACUGAGAAGUGAGAGCUCCUAUGACAUAGACAAUAUUGUUAUUCCCAUGUCAUUAGUUGCACCAUCAAAGCUGGAGAAGCUUCAGUAUAAAGAAAUUCUUACUCCAAGCUGGAGAAUCAUAACCCUAAAGCCUUUAGAAAAACUGCAUGAGGAUGAAGAGAAGGCAGAAGAACUAUCUGAUGAUGUCUAUGCUGCACGUCAUUCAAAAUAUGAAGACAAAGAGAAAGCACGGUGGUCCCUGUGGGAACAAUGUCGAUGUCCUAGAAGGAAUAGAUCAUAUAGCAGAAAUUUUGAGGAACAAGAUGCAUCACUGAAAGAAAAACAAGACUCUAAUUUAACACCCUAUAUUUCUGAAAACACUGCCGACAUAACUUCGGAGGCCUACAAUUCUCUGUACUUGGGAAUGUCAGAGUCUUCAGGAAAGAAACAAUCAAAGACUAUUCUCUGGGAACGUCGGGCUUUUCCACUAAAAAAUGAAGAAGUAGAAGCUUUAAUAUGCCAGUGUCAGCCAGCAGUUCACCAAGAAAGUUCCAAUAUGUCUGUUCUUAGAGACUCUGACCAAAACCCAUAUGCUGCCUUUAGUUUUCUGAAUAACCAGCCACAAAAGAAAAGUUCGGUCUCCAAAGUGGAAGACCACCACCAAAUUUACUUGGGAAGAAAACAGACGUGACACAUAGUAAAGUUGCUUGUUUAAGAAAGUAAAUCACGCUGAAGGAAGAUGGAAGGUAAAAUAUUUUGAUGCUCAUACAAGCAAUAAUUUGCUUCAUAAUAUUAAUAUUUACAAUAUAAAUUUCUGACUUUUUUUUACAGGCAGGAUGAGAAUGCAAGGGCCAUUUAUAUUUAUCGGAACCCCAAGAAGAAUGUUUUCUGUCUGGCAGACUAACAUCCUUGAUGUGAAAAGUGGAUGCUCUUAAACUGCACCUGCAAAUCACUGCCCCAUCUUGAUGAAAUAUUUGAAGUAUCUAGUUAUUGCAGUGCAGCAAAAUAUACACCUUUGCAUUUAGCAGUGCAAUGAUUACAACUGAAGGUCGAGAACUACUAAACAAGCCUCUUGUGUGUGAGAUUGACACAAUAGACAAGUGUGCUGGGCCUUGUAAGGAAAACAUUUUAUCCAGUGAAAAAUCAACAAUCUAUAAAUUUAUAAACAGAACACAUAUUUGAGUUCAUUUAGUCUAGGCAAGUUAAAACUACACGAGAUAAAGUCAGUUUAAGUGAUUUAAUUUUCUGUAUUUCAAUGGAUCUCUCCCCCCACCCCCACCCCCAUUAUUUUAAAUGUAAGUACUAGAAAUAUCUGAGAAAUUCAGGUUUCUGAAGUAGGGGAAUCUACUUGGUUUUUUUUUUACCGCAACUUAUUUAGCUGUUUUGUAUCCCUAUGAACACUAUGUACUGUGUUACAAUGAGCAGAUUAUGAGCAUCCAUUUUUGUAUCUUACAGUACUUUAAAAUAUAUUGGAAAAAAAGGACAUUCAAAUGUUAGCAUUAUGAGCAAGGCAGUAGCUCUUUUAGGUAACAAGAAAACAGAGGAAAACAGUUUUCAUAUUCAGAUUCCGAAAUGCUGCAUUGGAAUGUUAUCUGCAUCUGCCAGGGAUGCUAGGUGAAUAGAUAAUGCACAGGACUGCCAUGUACGUUCACCGAUGCCAAUUCAAGAGGGUAGCUCUUCUGUGAGGAACUACUGGUGGCUUUUAUGAAUAUACCAUUAUUAAGUAUGCUUUUUUAAACUGCCGUUUCCCAAAGUAAGCUCUAAUGGGUAGAUGGCCAAAUUUUAGUGUUCCAUUGUCCCCAGUGGAUUAGAAGUACACUGGCUAAUAUAAAAAUGUUAAGUUGCAUUUCCACACUACAGCCUAUGUUAGAUUGUAGUUUGCUGCAUAUUUUGGUUUUAGCUUUUUAAUAUUUUGUCCAGAAAAUUAACUUUGAAUCUUGCCUCUGAUACACCAAUUUCCAAUGCAAGGUUUUAAAAUUAAAAGUUAUUUCUCUAUA